AGACCUAAAAAAAAAUUAAAUAAAUAAAAGGUUCCGAAAAUGUCAACUCGCACCGUUGUAAAGCUUAUUAUUUUAAAUUGUUUUUUAAUUACGAUUAUUGAUAUUAUUGGCGCAAGCAAGAGUCUUCAAAGUGUUCAAAGUGAAAAUCUUUCAAUUGGCAAUAGUUUAUUUGAACAGCUGGAUUCGUUUAGUGACAUCAAUAAUGUUAGUUCGGAUUGUUUAACGCAGCUAAGAAUUGUGAGAGAUGCUCUAAACGACAAUGAAAUUUGGGCGCUGAAAAUGCUUGACGCAUGGGCUAAGUGGCCAUCUGGUAUAAUUUAUGGUCAUCGAAUGGAGAUGGGUUCUUUUCAAGAAUGUCUCGAUAUACACACACCCUUUAAUGGCAAAUAUUGUCAGGCGCAAAUUCCCAGCGGUACGACGACAAUUGAUGUGAGUGUGGAAAUACAAUUGGGGAUUUGUAUCCCAAGCAAAUGCAAUUCUGAGGAGUUUGAUGUACUGCUUAAAGAGUUCUUAGUUAACUCAUACAAUUUAAAUUUGAAUGCGUCAACGAAUUUGGUGAUCGCAUCCACUUGCACAACUGGCGAACACGUUGAGUUUCAACCACUCGAUUGGGCUGCAAUUGCAAUUUUCAGUUUUUUGGUGGUACUGAUGUUGCUGAGUACUGGCUACGAUUAUCUUUAUGGUUACAAAAAAGAUCCACCCAACAAGUUACUUAUUUCCUUUUCAAUAUCGAAAAAUCUUCAGCAGUUAUUGAAAAUUCAACAGGGACAUAUACCUUGUCUACAUGGCAUACGAUGUCUUUCACUAUUCUGGAUUAUAUUUUUACACUGUUAUUUAUAUCGGAUCUUGUCACCGAAUAUCAACUCAGUCGAUAUACAAAGCUGGGAGCACUCGCCAUUUUCGAUGAUUGAACAAAGCGGCUCAAUCGCGGUGGACUCAUUUUUCUUUCUCAGUGGGUUACUUCUUAUUAUGGUAGCUUUUAGGGAUAUGGAGAAAAAUCUUGGUAGGCUCAAUAUACCGAUGAUGUAUAUUCAUCGCUAUUUACGUUUAACGCCAAUCCUAGCUAUAGCCGUGCUAUUUUAUAUGUCAUUAUUUAAUUACAUUGACAACGGACCUAUUUGGAAGAGUUUUACUGUGGCGAAUAAGUUUUGUGACAACACUUGGUGGGCAACAUUGUUAUAUGUACAGAAUUACGCUGCCUCUGGCAACAUGUGUCUUGGUCAUGCUUGGUACUUGGCAGUGGAUACUCAACUAUUUUUCCUGUCGCCCAUAUUCUUAAUUGCCAUUUGGAGAUGGCGAAAAUUCGGCAUAGCUGCUACAAUAGCCUUUGGCUUACUUCUAGUUGCUUGUUUAUUUAUGAUUGUUGUAUUCAAUCAAUAUACCAUCUACGACAUUGCAAGAAAUUAUGGCACAGCAAGCGAGGCGAUGCCAAAAAUUUACUACUCAACGCACACCAGAUGUUCAGCGUGGCUAAUCGGCUUAAUAUUUGGAUAUUAUUUACAUCAGAACAAUGGACGCAUUGCUAAAUUGUCAUACUGGCUUGUGGCAAUCGGUUGGGUUAUAUCGCUUUUCACAUUUGUCGCAUUGGUGUUUGCGUGGUAUCCAAAAACAUUGCCCAGCACAGACGAUCCCACAGUACUGGAGAGUGCGUUUUAUUUCGCUGUAGGACGCGUGGCAUGGCCACUGGCUUUAUGUUGGAUAGUAUUCGCUUGCAUGAAUGGAUAUGCCGGCCCAAUUAACGCAUUUCUCUCGUGGUCUCUUUGGCAACCCAUAUCUAAGCUUUCAUAUAGUAUGUACAUUUGGCAUUUGAUUGUGAUCACAAUUAAUGCUUCGCGUACAAAAACGAAUACAUAUUUCUCAGACUAUGAUGUGAUUUUAAGUUUUUGGAGCAAUUUCGGUGUAACAUUAUUUGUAUCUGUGCUAGUGUACUUGGCUGUUGAAGCACCAGUGGCUGAUAUUGAAAGUCAGAUCCUACCGCGUAACAAACGAAAGGUAACUCCACGGCCGACGCCAACUGCGGUAACUACGAUAUCACAGCAGAAUUUAUGUGAAUAGAUUAAUAUAUUUACACAAUUUUAUUACUAUUGUAAUAUUUACUUAAAGAAAUAUAAAUUUUUUACUCAUGUGUGCAAACUUUUACAAAGAAACUGAUAAACCACAUUUGCAU